CACUGACACAAAGAAGCUGUUGGAUUAAAAGAAGAAUAUUGAUGUGGUGACUCAUUACACAUUUGGACUGCUGGCCCUGACUUCCUCACAAUGAGCCUCACAGAGCUUUCGCCCAUGGCUGCUACAACACCGUCUCCCAUGGUGAUCUCUGUUUUGCCUACCUUCGACUCCGACAACUCUGUCACUGAUAACCUGGAGUUCCAGUACCAGAAUGGUGCUUCAUUACCGGGCCCUAAGCCCAGCCAGGAGGGCCUCAACAUGAGGUCAAACAAGCCACCGCCAUUGCACACCGGUGCUGACUGGAAGGUCAUCCUCCACCUGCCAGAGAUUGAGACGUGGCUGAGAGAGACCAGUGAGCGAGUCAGUCAGUUGGCCCACUCGGUGGGAGAAGAUGCAGAAAACAGACAUGUGGAUGUUCAUCUGGUUCAACUUAAGGACAUCUUUGAGGACAUCUCUGACCAUGUGGAACAGAUUCAUGCCUUGCUGGAAACAGAGUUCUCUCUGAAACUGCUGUCCUACUCCGUCAGCGUUAUCGUUGAUAUCAGGACAGUGCAGCUGCUGUGGCACCAGCUGAGAGUGUCAGUUCUGGUUCUGAAAGAGCGUCUGCUACAGACUCUUCAGGACUCAAACGGAAACUACACGAAACAGACUGACAUCCUGCAGGCCUUCAGACAUGAACAACAACAGACUGGUCUGGAUGAUCUGACGGAGGUGGAUGACUGUGGUCAGCUGACCAUCCGCUGCAGCCAGGACUACUUGUCUCUGGAUUGCGGGAUCACUGCCUUUGAACUGAGUGACUACAGUCCCAGUGAGGAAACUGAGGCUCAAGUAGUUGACUCAGUGGGUGAGAACUCUUCCCAGCAGCAGGUACCUCUACAACCUGGAGACCUAAUCCUGGAGGUGACACAAACUGAGAGCGAAGUAUCAAACCAGGACAGUUUACCUCAACUCAUCAGCAAUGUGGACAUCCAGAGGACCGCCCACAGAGUCUCGCUUAACCAUGUCCACUCUCCAUCAGUAAUAUUCACAAUGCAAAAUGACAUGUCCAAUCACAGUGAAAGUGUGAAACGCCCCCUACAGGGCAAAAGCUAUAGCAGCGAUGUCCCACUGUCACAGCCAUCGCUGCCGAAGAGAGCUGCUCUGUUCUCAGAUUGUGGAACCAGAGUGAAGGAUUCAGAUUGGCGAUUGGGAAAGGUCAACCCACACUGCAUCCUCCAAGUCAACCCUGAGCUGAGCCAUAGUUCUCCCUCUGUGAUGGAACAAGAAGACUGUUCCAGGUUUUGGUUGGACCUCGACUCAGUUUAUCCAGAAAAUGUGUCUCACUCCUGUGACAGCCUCCAGGUCAUGAACUGGCGAAACCUUCAGACAAGCUGUGAGAAUUCCAGGCAAGGAGGAGGUCCAGAGGGGAGCACCCAGAUAUCAGUAAACGAUCAGAAGUUCCUGUCUGGGGCCUCAGUGACAGCAGACGACCCCAAACAUCACCAGGAAUCCUGUCAGGACAAAACGUCAAUUUGCGUAAGAGGACAAACAAACAGCAGGAAGGACAUUGACUUCUCGUGCUCUUCUUCGUUGAGCGUGCAGCACCUCUCCUUGGACAUGGACCCGUCUGCAGAGGAGUCUGAUCCUCGACCUCCCCAUCGCAAGACAGAGAUUCUUAUCUGCCAGGAGCAAAAUGCAGAGCAACAGGCCCACAUUUCCAGCCCGCUCAGGGAACACUGGUAUGGCUCAGAGGAAUUCCUUGCUCUUCCUGCUCAGCUUUGUCAGAUGGAGAUUUUGGAUCUGAACCUGGAAUCUCAGACUCUUUCUCUGGGCAGCUUGUGCAUUUCCUGCGAGGAAUGUCCGAUUCCCAUUUUUAUCUCCAAUCCCUCACAAAUCCUAAUCUCAUUUUUCCUUUGUGAUGUGUUUUUGUUGAAUUCUGGACAGUGUCACCACAAGGCUUUACAGGAUGUGGAUGACUGGGAUUUGAAUGAAAUCAGUCCUGAGUGGGACUUAAGAGAUGGUGCAGGAAGUGGGAAGGUUGUUAGGAAGGAAGCAGAAGAGCUCUCACCAGAAUUACUGCAGCCUCCACAGGGACAAGACCUUUUCCAUCUGGGCCCUGAUUGUUGGAGUGACAUAGAGACCGGUCAUUUAAGUGACGUGCUCUCUGAGGAAGAGCAAGACCGCAUAUCUGCAGACUGCUGCCUGCAGCUGCAGCCAGGUGUUGUAACUGUGGUCCAACAGCUGCUGGAGGACAUUCAGAGUCAGGACAAAGACCCAGAUGUCUGGAAGAAGAUUGAGUCUUUUGUGCGGCAGUUGGACAGCUUCAUCUCUUGGCUCCAAGUGGCAUUGGACAGUACGGAGAACUGGACGCCGCCGAGACAGGAUGUGGACAGUCUGAAGGCUUACCUGGACACACACCUGAGCUUCAAGAUGAAUGUGGACAUUCACAGCGCUCUGAAGGAAGCCAUAAUGGAAGAAGGACGAGUGCUGCUCAGCAUCAUCACCUCCAGCCAGUCAGGUCUGAAAGAGAUCCUCUUGAUGGUUUCCAGCCAAUGGGAGCAGCUGCAGCGGCAGAUUCGCCGCCAACAUGGCUGGAUGCUCCACACCCUUCACUGCAUCCAGGCCCGCCUCCUUCACAGUGACCAAUCACAGCAGCCCAUUACACUUCCUGGAGAGCUGUCAUCCAAUCAGCAAGCUCCAUGUCCACUGGGUGGGCUUAAGGUGCAGCUGAUUUUGGAUCAGAACCAUGUCCACAGAGACACCAUUGAGCAAAUGGUCAACACACUGAGCAGUGUGCAAUACCCAUCAUCUACCAGCAGGAGGUGGUGCAGUCAGCUGACCAGAAACAACAGUGUGCAGGAGGUCCAGGCAGAGUACCAGGAGCUCUGGGAUUGGCUGAUGGACAUGGAUGCCAUGGUAGCAGACAGCCACCAAUUGAUGAUGUCAGAGGAACAAAAACAGCUCCUCUACAAGAGCAGUCUGUCUGAGAUGAUGAUGAUGGACAGCAAGAGGUCUGGUCUGAUGGAUCAGGUCGAAUCCCUGAAGAGGGUUGGUGCCGAACUGCCGAGCAACUUCCAGCACAAACUCCACAACCUGACACACAAAUGGGCACAGCUGAAGAAAAUCCUCUCAGUUGAUUCUGGAGUGGGUCCUUUCCAGUGGAGGCCACCUUCAUCAGCCAUUACAAGCUGCCCUUUGGUUGGUGGGCCAAAUGUUACCACAAGCAGCACUCAGUCUGCCGCAUCGCUGCAGAUGAGCUCUCUGCUGGAGCAGCUGGAGGCUCGUAUCAAAGAGCUGAAGGUUUGGCUACGAGACACUGAGCUCCUGAUCUUCAACUCGUGCCUCAGCCAGGAAAAAGACAGUGCCGAGCAACUACUGUGCUUCAAGUCUCUGUGCGCAGAUAUACGAUCCAGGCGCCGAGGAGUUUCUUCAGUUUUGAAGCUCUGUCAGAAGCUGCUGCAGCAAAGUCUGUCUGGCUCUGUGGCGAAGGUGGACCCAGAUGUGGAGCAGCACCAGGAGGCUCUCCAGCUGCUGUCUAUCAACCUGGAGAGGAGGUGGGAAGCGAUUGUGAUGCAGGCGCUGCAAUGGCAGAACAGACUGAAGCGAGAGCUGCAGGUCAGAGCACUGAUGGUUCCUGGGAGCUUUUUAGGACAAGGUCUAGACCUGGUCCAGAGCAACCAGGUAUCAGUGACCCCAGGAACCUUGGCAUUAGAUGAGACCUGGGAAUGGGAUGAGAUGGAUAUAACAUCAAAAGCAGAACCAGACCUGAUGCAGGACCUCCCCACAAAACCCAAGCUGUCUUCAGAUGGCAUUCUCUCAAAUGGCAAUCAUUGCACUGGAACAACAGUAUCCACUCAUCGAUGUCCUGAGACCAUUUCCCAUACGAGCGGAGAGCCUUCAACUGAGAGUCAACACUGUGCGGCCUCACGACGUGAUUCCCGUGACAACAAUACCACCUACCAGGUUUACAGCCUUCAUGAUGUCAAGUUAUACAGACGACCUCAAUUUCCGUACGUGCCGUCUUCAUCACACAAAACAAAAGUCAGUAAACAGCAACUCCUGGAAAAGAGUCUCAGUAAGGACUCCUCCUUUUCCUCCAUUGAAUCCAUCCCAGACCUCCUGGGUGGUUUGGUGUCACAUGGACAUAGAGGUGAGAGUACUGUGGGAUACCGAUACAUGGAGACCGAGCGGGAUGGCGGUCGAGGAAGUGGCCAGUCAAUCAGUAGUCAACAGUCAGAGAGUGAGAGUGGGAUUGUCAGCGAUACGGGAGACACAGAGACAAACUCUGAAAUCCAGGGACAGGAUGAGGAACAAGAAAAUGGAAGUGAUAAAACUGAAAGUUUGAGGAAAGGUGAUUUAAUGUCUGAUGAAAAAAGUGAGAUAGGGAAUGAGAGGAAAGAGGAAAGUGGAGCCAAUAGGAGAGCAAAUGGAGACAAAAAGUCAGAGAAUAAGCAAAGUAGCUACAGUAGAGAAGAAUCUGAGGCAGGUGAGAUGCUCAUAAAUGGUCGUGGCUUCUCAAAUCACUACGGGUCACAGAGUUCCAGCAUGAAGUUCAAAGUUGAUACUCCAUCUAAUGUCAGCCGCUGCCCAUCAACACCAUUGUUAUCUCAGAGCUCCUCUCUGGAAUCUCUGUUGGCUCUCGGUGUAGAGUUAUUUCCAUCCAUGAAAGAUUCUCCUCACUGCAGCCCAUCUCUGGACAGCAUCCUGCUUCCAUGUAGUAGCACUAAUCAGGACGACACUGGCUGCCUCUCCAGCCUUGGGGAGUUAGAUCUGCAGCAGCGCACAGAGAUCAAGACUGUUGAGGAUGUGCAAGUAGAACGGUCUUCUGGAGAGCUAAGUAGGAGAACCCUAGACCUCCUGAAAUGCUUGGAGAACAUCCAGAGACCUGUGGCAGGGCACAUGACCCGUAGUGUUUCUGAUAUGACACUUUGCAGAAACUCACCACGGUGGUGCAGACUCCCCGUGUCACCCAACUUUGACAGACGCCGCUGCCUGCUCUCUGGAGCUUUGGGUUCCUCCUGUAAAGGGUCACCAUCAUUGAGCAACAGCUCAGCCACAGCAUCGCUGACAGAACUGGACAACAAUGAAGACUCCACUCCAGGGACUGAAGAUUUUGUCGUGCUGAAAAACCAGCAGCAAUGCUUGCUGGACCCAGCCAUGGCAACCAAUGCUAACUCAGUGUAUUACAGGAAACGCUGCCAUGGAAACGGUCAAGGAGGACAUGGAUUUGAUGACUUGGAUGUAGCGAGUUUAAGCAUGGUGGUGAAUGUGUCCUGUACCUCAGCGUGCACGGAUGAGGAUGACAGUGACCUCUUAUCUUCAUCCACACUGACACUUACAGAGGAGGAACUUGGUGUGCGAGACGGUGAGGACGAGGACGAACUCAGUGGUUUCUCCUCUGGUAAUGAAGAUAAUGAUGAAGUGAUGAUGGAGCGUUCUUACGUGUUGCAGAACUGGAUGAGACCUCCUCUCCGCAGCACCUCCUCUAAAGCAGAGAUGGGACUUCGGAAUGAGUUGCAGUGUGGGACCAAGUUGUCCGUCUCCUCCUCCUCCGUGUCCUUUUCUCAGAGCAUGCUGCGUGGCGGUUUUCUGUCCCACGCAGCUAGACAGUCAACAGAAACCAAAAAGACUAAGGAGAACAAUGAGGAGACAACAAGGAGCUAUGUCAGCCUCUUAUCAGAUGACCUGGAGAACGGGAACAUCGAUCAGAGCUGUGCAAGUGCGAAAGACGAGGGCGAUGAUCUUCUACAAGACGAAUCAAGUGUGUUCGUAAAGAAAGGAGAAUCGCUCAGGGAGGGGAACACGCUCCCCCAAACAGAUGAGUCAGUUUAUGACAUGAAGAUAACACCAGUUCCACAGUCUCUGUCACGUGACCUUCUGUCCUUUACAUGUAGUCGGGCUUCCUCAUUGGCUGAUCAGCUCAGCGAGGAGUUACCAUGCCACCGCUCCUCCAUCCCCUCCCCUCCUUCCCUCUCAUCAUUUGAGGAGGGCAGAUCCCAUGAUGCCUUGCUCCACGAAAGAGUGGCAGGUGGAGGGCGGAAGGCUAUCACCAUUCAGGAAAACUUCAAGUUCUCCGCGGUUGUGAAAGAGGAAAGCCGGCAAGAAGUACGAGAUAAUAAAUUGCCACUGCCUCCCAAAAAACGACACAUUCCUCAUUGCUGCAGCCAUCUUUCCUCCACCACCACCACCUCCUCUUCAUCCCACCAUCCACACCCCACAGAGGAGAAGGAGCAUAACAUAGUCAUGGAAACCACUGGUGAGAACGGAGCUGAAGCUUUAAACCAGCCCAAAACCAGCAUACUUCUAGGAUCCACUUCACUGGCUCAGGUGCUGGAACGCUCCCGUCGGCCUCUGCAGCUCAGAGAAGGAGAUUUCUACUCCUACCUGUCUCUGUCCUCACAUGACAGUGACUGUGGGGAGGUCACUCAGUUCUCCGUGGACAAGACGUCCACCCCAGAAGUAUCCAGCGUCACCCCGCCACCCGGCCCCAGGAGCCCCAAACCCGAGCUGACCCCUGAAGCUGAGUCCAGGAACAGCCUGAGUGAUGUAACACCAGUGGACGUCCAGAGUGUGGCCCCGCCCCUCAGCCCGGAUAUCAGGGACGAGGAGACGCUGUUUGCAGCCUGUACAGAGGAGGUCUACCUCGGACCGCCACUUUGCUACAGCAUGGUGCUGACCGCAAAGCCCCGCAGGUCUCCUCCCAGCCUGGUCUUUCUGUCCAGUUCAGACCUGAACCACAAUCAGAAUAACUUUUUUUGUGCUUCAUGUUUGGCCUCUGCUCCCUUACAUCACAAUGCUGCCAGCGUCAAACACAGACUCUCCACAGAGCAACAAGUGUCCAGUGUAGUAUUUAGUGCCCCCCUGUGGUGGUUGGAUGGAAAUGAAAAUGAGCGACUGUGGAGCUCAGACUCGCCUCUGAAUUUGCGACCCGUUUCUUCCUGGAAUCGGAUUGUGUCAGAUCAUUCGUUUAAGUGGAAACACAAACUUUCUGAGCAGCUGGUCCCAUCGAGCGGCGUGUCCUCCUGCAGCAUCCUCACAGGAAGUGUGGCCUCGCUGCAGGAGGAGAGGCCUCGUAAUGAGGGGCCUCCUUAUCUUAAUCCCCGGGUGCUUGUCUCCCUGAUGGACUCCUCCACUGCCGCCGCCAAAUGUUUGGCAGAUACUAAAACGCUAGAAUCCAAUAUGGACCCCAUAAUGACCAAGAUAAGCGUCUGCAGCGCUGCUACAAAUCUCAAAGAGCCCGCCACCACCACCACAAGUACUAAUCCCAAAAUUAACUGCUCCCUGAUGAGAGACGCCGAUAGGUGGAGGAGGAGGAGGAGGAGGAGCAGCGGCGGCGGCAAGCGGAGCAGCUGUAAAGCAGGUUAGUGUUACAGGUAUUAGUCUGAUCCGCUGCCACAGGAUAUCAUACCUUAAGAGAGCGCUUUAGUCUUUGCUGCAGGAAUUAGUCUGCACCACUAUCACAGAACAUUGUUUUCAUUUAUUAAAGUCGCCGAUCUUCACAAAAUG